AUGGUCAGUUGUGGAGGGAUUAUAUCGUUUGAUGCAAUCGUGUUUGAUUUUUUGCAGAUGCUUAACCUUGCUGUUUAUUUGUCAUGCGGUGCCACAGCAUAUUAUCUCUUGGGCCGUAGAAUUAAAAAGAAAGCUGACUUUUUCAACAGUAUUACCCGUGUGAUCGAGUUAAAAUGGCUAGAUGAUUUGCUUAAAGAAAAGACCACGAAUCUCCUUGUUGUGGUAUCUGGAAGAGUUGGUUCUGCAGCGCCCUUAGAGUGCAAGCAUAACGGCCUAUUGAGUGUUCUUUUAGAGGAAAAGGGCAACGUGGAUUUUGAGAUCGAGUUGGGAGAUGGCAGUAUGAUAAAGAAGUCUCUAAACUUUCUGCUACAACAAAGGGAGACACCUUGGUAUCUGGAAGACAGCACAGGUCGGGUGAAUAUUGUGGGAGCUCAAUCUGCUAUUGGAUUUGAUGCUACUCUGAAUGAGUAUGCACUUAAUAUGCCAGUCAGUGAACUCUUGGACAAGCUUGUUAAACCCGAAGGCUUCAAGGUGCUUCAACAUAGUUGCCAUGAGCGUGCUCUUGCUAUUGGUACAACCUUGACUUUUGUUGGUGAGGCUGUUAGAGACAAAGCUGGUCAUCUCAUGAUUCAAGAACCCAAAAAACAGCCUUUUAUGGUCUUCACUGGAGAGGGCUCCUUUGAUAAAAUGGUUGACGGAAUGAUGUCAGAUUCAGAGACUUAUAUUUUCUACUCCAAGAUCUUCGGAACAAUUGCUGUGGCUGUAGCCAUCAUGUACGGUGUGGAUUUUAUAAGAAGGGUUUUAUCCGAGUCGGAGAAACGAGACUUAGGUAACAGAUCAGAUAAUGGUAAAUCUAGACGGCCAAGAAAUCGACGUUAG